AUGCCUGCCUCCACAGUGCAACGACUCUUCUUAUUCUCCUUGAUACAUGGGGAUAUUUUCCACCUGGCCUUUAACCUUUGCGCCUUCAUCAUGGUGGCACCUCAGCUUGAAAAGGACUUGGGCAGCUUUCGUUUUGCAUACCUGCUCCUCGUCGUCACUCUUCUCCUGGGCCUCUACUACCUCUUUCUCACGGGCAUUGCUGCCAUCUUUUACGGUGAAGACUCAUCCUUUUGGUACGGCUGUGCCACUGGCUUUUCCGGCAACGUUCUCGCGUGCAUGGUCAUCUGGGUCUACAGCUUCACCGCCCAGACUCGCAUCAGCAUCGGCCCGGCCAUAGAGCUGCCCAUCACCAUCAUGCCCCCCGUCCUGCUCUUGCUCUCGCUGCUCUUUCGUUCCGCCACAUUCUGGUGCCACGUUAUGGGUCUUGCCGUCGGGUUUUGCUACGUUCAGGGCUGGCUCCGCUUUGUACAGCUCACUGAUCAACACGUGCAAAACCUUGAGAGCACUGGUCUGGUUCAGCGCUUUGCUGUCUGGCAAGGCUUUGUGUCCGUAUCCCGUCUGCCCACCGUGCAAGAGGGCGAGAAUGGCGUCCAUGGGACUGCCCACCCCUCCUUUCGCAACGGUAGCCAAGACAGCUUUGCCAUGGAGACAAACGGCCUUGCCAUGCCCAUGGUGGAGUUCUCUACGCCCGUUGCGAGUCGCCGAGGAAGUGCGCGCAGCCGACGCUCGCCGCCACCGGGCGCCUAUGAUGCGCGAGCUGGCGACUCCCGUAGUAGUUCGCCCAUCAGCCCUAUCGCAGAUUUGCGGAGUAGUCAAACCCUGGCACCUGCGACGCCGCCCCGCACGCGCAGCAUUUCCGCACCCGCCACGCCUUCUCCCAUCAAGCGCAGCGGCUCUCAAACCUGA